UGCCACAGUCUAGAUGUACACCUGAAUGGCAUGGUCAUAUCUAAAUAAAAUGACAAUGCUCAGGAUUAUCCAGCAUGUGAAGUCUCAUUUUACCUAGAGUGGAAUGCAGUUUAGGGAAUGUGAAAAGACUGAUGCAGAAGCUGGAAACCACCUUAGGCAGAAACUUAAGGUGAGAUCUGAGAGUGACAAUGUUCUCGUGAAAGAAUGUUGGGGGGGGACCCCACCACAAAGACCUGAAUCUCUCCUACUCCCCUAGCUGAUGUGAUAGCCAUCAAAGAGGCGGUCUUCCUCAACAUGUGAUAAAGAGAACUGGUAGCCAAUGGUUCCAAGGGUGGACCCAUCAGUCCAGUCAUCACCAAGUUGAGGACCAAGGCAGGAGGGGGUUCCCACUGCCAGACCAGUGGGCAAGCAUGUGAGCACCCCAUGAAGAACCUUGUGGGGUGCUAGAAAAUGGUACAGCCUUGUGCAGGAAGAUGAUUCACCAAUGUCUCUGCCAGGUGUACUCAUAUCAAACUGAGGAUCAGGUUUUAUUGUUUUAGAGAAAAUAAGUAGUUCAUGAAAUCGGGGCUGCUACCAAGGAAGAGCUGAUGCUGCAUUGCCCAGACAGAAACCCUCUUCCAUAAGUCAGUUUGGGCAAGGGUUUCCUGUUUUGGAGCAAGAUGGCUUGAAAUGCAGCAGAGCAGAUCCUUUCUGUAGACGUUAGCCAGCCAGCAUUCAGGCUAUCAGAUGCAGGAUUCAGCCAUUGUUCUGUAAGACCAGAUCUGGUAAGGAGAUGAGAUGUGAUCGUGAAAGGUUCACAAGGCUUGAGUACCAAAGCUGUCUGGAUUUUGCUGGAAUUAUGAUAACCCAACCUGCCUCAAUUUCCUCGAGACCCUAGGCAUCAUGUGUCUUAAAAGGAAAAGGCAUACAUCACACCAGGAGCUCACCAGAGGAAAGAGAAAACAUCAAAGACAGCAUCUGCGCUUCCCGUGCAGCAGAACCUCAGACAUGGCAGAGCCAAUCCAGCAACUGACCAGAAAUAAUCAACAUCAGGAGAGGGAAAGUAUCCCAUUUACACUGAUACACCGCAAAGAAAAGUUUGGGGAAGUGCUUUACGAAAAACGUCAGUAUGGAAAAGCUAAAUGGGCUUGUAUUAAAAUGCAAGAAGAACAGUAUGAACAGAGCAUAUGUCUGGGAUUCAUGAAGCUUAUGAAAUAUAUUUGUGAGCAGAACUCUUCAGGAUUGUACUUGGGGAUGACUAUACCCAUUGUGACUCUAGUGCAUACUAACGAAACUCACUCAGAGUUAACACGUUCAGUGACAGUCGCAUACUACCUGCCUGAACUACUGCAGGACCAGCCACCUCAGCCUUAUGAUUCUGACAUAAUUAUUGAAGAGUGGCCUCCUACUGUUGUUUAUACUAGGAGCUUCAGAGGGGUCACCAAUGAAGACUCUAUAAUGAGAGAAAUAAACUUCUUGGGAGAACUUCUGGAGAGCCCUGAGCUAUGUUUGCAGAAUAUAUUCAUUGUUGCAGGAUACACCAAUCCAGCUGCUGCAAAUCGACACAAUGAAAUAUGGUUCCUGCAAAGACCGUAGCCUCCCACUUCAGAUGCCUAGCAUUAUCCAAAUUCAGUUUGUACACAAUGGCACACUUAAAUUUGCAAGUGAAUCAUGUCAGGCUAGUCAAGAGCUUUAUAAGUCUUUGUGAUAAACUAUACAGAAUUUUUAAUCCUAUUUUCCUAAACUACAUAUUACAGUCAAUCAAAUUAGCAUGACAAUCAAUCCAAUUUAGUUAUUGAGCCAUCAGGGUUAAUAUCUGAAAUUUUACUGCCAAUUUUGAAAAAGUCUUAUACACAAUUUUUUACUAGAUACUUCAGUUUUACAGUUUAUCCAUAAUAUUUCUUUGAGAUUUAUAGUACUUUUCAAAUUGAUUCAUGUAAUCUUUGUAAACAAGGUAAAUUCAAGUCAAAGGUAUAGUUCAUAAAUUCUAAUGUUAAAAAACUAAACUGUUUUUAGAUUUUUUAAAUAUUAACAUAUUAAAUAUUUUUCCACUACAGUAUCUCUAGGGUGCCCUAAAUAUUUAGCCUGAGAUUUUCAAAAGUGCUCAGUGUUGGCCCAACUCUGCUCAAAUGGAAGACCAUAAUAAAAGUUGGGAGCAGAGUUGGGUCAACACUUUUGAAAAAUCCCACCCUUGAGUACAGGUUUUCCCCACUCUUCUCAAAAAGAUAUUGAACCAAAGUAUUUGUCACCUUCGAAAUACAGAGUCCAGGAUGUGAAGAGUCAGUUGCAUUGCUCAUUCAAGUUUUGUUAGUAAAUAGUUCCGUUUUUCCUUUUUUGAAACUCACUACCACACACCCAUAGAUGACUGAAUAUGGUACUCAGGAGACAGAGGAUAGGCAUCAUUCCUGCUCAGCUGUUCAACUUACUGAGUGACAUGAACUUUAAAAACUAGAGCUUUGCCUAGAUAUUCAGAAUAUAGUAAUCAAGGCAGAUUAAUUGGCAUCACAGAAACUUGAAGGGAUAAAUCUCCUGACUGAAAUAUUGGUAUAUAGGGGUACAGCUUGUUCAGUAAGGACAGGAAGGGCAAAAACUGAGGAGGUCCAGAAGGAGAUGGGAGGCAGACCCGCUGAAAAUCUCUGGGUAAAGAUAAAAGGGGGAGAAAAUGUGUGUGACAUCAUGGUAGGAGUCAAAUAUAGACCACCAGGAAGAGGAAGCAGAUGAGGAAUCUCUAGAACAGACAUCAGAAAUAUCAAACACAAGACCGGAUAGUAACGGGAAUAACUACGUAGACAUCUGUUGGAAAAGUAAUAUGGCAAAGCACAAGUUCUUGGAAUGUACUGGGAACAACUUGGUGUUUCAGAAAGUGGAACAAGUAACUGUGGGACAGUCAUUUUAGAUCCGAUUCCAACCAACUGGGAGGAAUUGGUAGGGAAUCUGAUGGUCGAAGGCAAUUUGGGAUAAACUGAUCAAGAAAUGAUAGAUUCUAAGGAAAAAAAGGAGGGAGAGCAGCAGAAUAAGGACACUGCACUUCAAAGCAGACUUUAACAAACUCAGAACUGGUAGGUAAAGUUCCAUGGGAAGAAAAACCUAAGUGAUAAAGGAGUUCAGGAAAUCUAGCAGUUUCUCAAAGAGACAAUAUUAUAGGCAGAACACCAAUCUAUCCCCAAGUGAAGGAAAGAUAGGAAGAAGAGUGAGGGGCAAAUAUGGCUCCAUCAGGAGCUCUUCAAGGACAUGAACAUCAAAACAGAAUCCUACAAAAAGUGGAAACAUGGACAAACUGCUAGGAGCAGUACAAAAAGAACAGCACAAGUAUGUAGGGACAGAAUCAGAAAGGCUAAAGUACAAAGUCCGUUACACUGAGCCAGGGAUAUAAAAAGGCAAUAAGAAGAUGUUCGUUAAAUAUAUUAGAAGCAAGAAAAA